AUAUUAAUAGACGGAUAAAAUUGCAAAUGUUAGCGGCCCGGUGGUCCAGUGGUUAGCGCGUCAACCUUACAGUGCAGAGGUUGUGUGAGGUUCCUGUGUGGAGUUUGCAUGUUCUCCCCGGGCCUGUGUGGGUUUUCUCCGGGUGUUCCGGUUUUCCACCCACAUUCCAAAAAUAUGCACGGCAUGUGAGUGGAGCACUGUAAAUUGUCCCGAGGGGUACGUGUGGGCGUGGAUGGUUGUUCCAUCUCUGUGUUGUUCGUCUCAAGGUCACAAUUGGGCCUUUCACACGUUACCUAAAUUGAGCCUUUGAAAAUUAUGAUUUUUUUUUUUAAUCACUCCCUUCGAGCAAAGGCUCAAAUGUUGCCAUGUUCCCAUUCCAAACAGCCUUCUUUCUUUCUCUUGUAUUUUUGGAAAUCUUGUCAAAUGUUUUCCUUUCACUCUCGAAAUGAGACGGUCAUUUCGGGGCAUCGGCUGCAUAACCGGGGGAAGUUCCUGGCAAUCAUGCGGAGGCUUUCCAAACAUUGGCGGCAGACUUUGACACCAGCGCUUCACGUCGUGCCAGAAGUGCUGGCCGACGAGCUGGGACACGGCAGAUCUCAAAAUGGAGUGGGGCGCUUGUUUCAUGGGGUUUCUGUGUUUGGUGGCCUUUGAGCCCUGGCGACAGUUUGGCAGCAAAACAAAUGGCUUCUGCGACAGGGACAUAUUUGACGAGCGAGAGGGCGACCUGUCCAGCCCGGGGUACCCCCACCGCCCCCCAACCCACGCCGUGUCCUGUCGCUACAACAUCUCGGUGAAAUCCGGCUACUCCAUCUCUCUCAACUUCUCGGACAAGUUCCACAUCGAGAGCGCGAUGCCGCAGCACGACGCAAUCUGCCCUUACCACUGGCUUCGGGUGACCAUCCCGGGCCGUGAGCCCAUCAAGCUGUGCGGUGACAGGAGCCCCGGGGUGAUUGACACCAACUCCAGCAGGGUCAGCCUGGACUACCGCAUGGACGGCAAAGGCCUGAGUCGAGGCUGGAGCCUGCACUUCAGCACGCGCAAAGUCCAAUGUCCGCAUCCAGGCAGGGUCACUAACGGCAGAGGCCCCUCUUCACGGGCGGAAUUCUUCUAUGGGGAUCGUAUUUUCGUGCGAUGUCACCAAGGACACAAAGUGAUGAUGGGUGGUCAACUGCUGGAGAGUUUCUCGACUACGUGCCAAGAGAACGGACAGUGGCGUGACCGCCUGCCGGACUGCAAAAAAUUUCACUGUAGAGAACCCGAACCAUUGCAAAAUGGAUGGAUGAAGCACUUGUCUGGGACUCUGAAUGAAUACCUGUCAGUCAUCCAGUAUGGCUGUGAUCCUUCGUACUCUCUUCAAGGUCACGACAACGUGACGUUCACUUGUGAAGCAGGCGCACAAUGGAGAUCCAACACGGCAAAUGUUCAAACCCCUUUCUGCACACCAGUCUGUGGGCAGCUGGAUCCUCGCAUUCAAAAUGAAGACAACGUGAUUUCCGAAGGUGGCUUCCCGUGGCAAGCGUUUGUGUCAUCUCCAAGAGUGCGAGCGGGCGCCGCAGUCAUUGGCGACCGCUGGCUCUUGACUGCAGCGCACGUAAUCGAUGAAUUUAGAAGUGCGAAACAUGAGGUGCGGAUAAUCGUGGGAGCGUUCAGCAUUUCCAGGCGCGGCAUAGGUUAUCAGGACUUGGCUUCAUUUCACGUCCACCCUGAUUUCCGCUACAACCCCCACAGCCACUUGAACAUAAACCACGACAUCGCCUUGAUCAAACUGAGAGACCCGCUCACCUUCAAUGAAAACAUCAGGCCUCUCUGCUUGCCGACCGUUGGAACCCUACACAACCAUGGCACAGUGGGAAUUGUUCUGAACCCAGCCAUACUCAUGCAUCUAUCUUCGUCCGAUCCAGAAACUCCGUCCUUCAUAGAAUGGACCGCGCUUGAUGACAACACGUGCCGCAUGUUACGCGAGAAACUCAGCUUGCACAGAAACGUGCCACCACUGCCAAACAGCAUGUUCUGUGCCCGACACCCUGAUCUUUCGUCUGCCAUGUGCGACGGUCUCGGUGGCACGCCCUUCACCGUGAAAUACAACGGAUCGCACUGGGCUGCAGGCAUUGUCAGCUGGGCGUAUCGCUGCAGUCACGACACCGUUCGCUACUUUAUCAAAGUUCCCAACUAUAUUGACUGGAUCAGAGACACAAUGCAGAGGAACAGCUGAAGUGAUCCGACUCCACAAAUGCUGAUAUACAGUCGACGCUAACAAUAAAGGGAAUGAUAUCACCA